UGAGCCUCCUAUAGGCACCUGCGGUGUAGAGGACCCUAUUAUCGAUCCACUUGGGUCUUUUAGUCUGCCCGGAACAAUGGUGCGCCGAGAUAUGAGAUGCUUAGUGCCAGCCAUGCGUCCCUCAUUGGUGUGUUUGCAUGGACCAUCUCCGCAGUGCUCAUCCAUCUGAGAAGGAUCAGCUUUGGCCCCCAAGUCCAUGGCUGAGUGAUUGUUUUUCCGGUCGCUAGCUCCUCAGCUCAGCAGCGCCUCAGCGUCUCAACUCCUCGAGGCUGAAGGCCAUCUUUCAAUGUCAACCCAAAAGGACCCUGAUAGGAACCUAUUCACCGUCACAGCAUAAAGAACAAUCUUUGACCCAUAUAAUCCGUCUUCAUGUCUUCGGUCUGCCAUGGCAUGCACGAUGGUGUGAUUCAGAACAUCCAAGCCGACCUUGCGUGUGGUGUCACCAAUUCCACCCACCCCUAUGUGACUUGCUGCGUCAAUGGCGACUACUGCUUGAGCAAUUCGAUCUGUGUGAAUACCAAUGCCAAAAAGGGCGAUUAUUAUUAUGCGGCGGAUUGCACGGACGAGACUCUUGAAGAUGCUGCUUGCGGGACGCGAUGUGGAGGUCGACUCAAUGCCGAGAUCGUCUAUACAUCCGACGGAUACUGGGCGUGCUGCGAAAACGACUCUGGGACGGUGAACUGCUCCAAUCCGUCCAAGGAAAUCUGGGCUGCUCCGGCCCCAUCGAAGCUCGCGACAAUCCAAUAUCUCCCACCUACAGCAUCGGGCACACCAACAUAUGCGGUUGCCACUUCCGCCUCUACCUCAUCUACCUCCACUUCCUCGUCCAGCUCUACAUCGCCUGCCACUUCGACCAGUUCGUCUUCAAGCGGCUCGAGUAUCGGCGCCGGUGCGGCAGCCGGUAUUGGUGUUGGGUCUGCAGCUGGAGUCGUCAUAGUGGCGGCCAUAAUAGCGCUUCUAUUCUUCCGCCGGCGGAAUACGUCGAAUGUGCUUGCCCAAGGGCCAGCUGGAUAUAAUGGUCUUGAGGAGACGUGGUCGCAAAAACAACCGGCCGAGGUUCAUCCUGUAUAUGAGUUGGAUCGGUCUGCACAGCAUGCCGAACUGGAUGGACUGCCCAGAUCGUAGACCCGCACAGAUAAUGUUGUUUCGGGAUGCAAGACACCUAUAUCAUGCCGUGAUGCACAUACUACCUGUCAUCCUUCUCAACACACAAUACCCGACAGACUUGACGAAACAAUGUGAGGGUUACUUAUCUCUCCUGUACAUAAUAUCGAUAAUAUCCACAAAUAUACCUUUUCUCAACC